AUGAAGGACCGUACACACGAGCUUAGGAUGGUAAGUGAUAUAUUAUUUUUUAUUCUAGCCUACUACAUUUGAGAUCCCAGAAACAAACUGGUUAUUUGGAGGGGUUGGGGUGGAGCGGUAACUUUAGGUGCGCCUCACUUCUUUUUUUGGAAGGGGAAAGCAGCUGUCUUAGAGUAGAACAAACUCAAAAUGUUUUACCUUAAAAAUGUUUUAUAAUUUACAGUAAUUUUAUAAAAAUAUGCUGUACAUUUCUGUGUAUCAGUUUUGUUUAGUCUCAAAGUAAAACUUUUUCCACACUUCCAUAUGGAAACGCAACGGGUGAGAGGAGGGUGAAAGUAUUGGCACCAGUCAGGUGUCGCUUGCCUGUUGUCCAUCAGUAGGCUAGUUGUUGAGUUUACAUGGUUCAUAAGCGCACACGUGAAACACUUUUUCCAAUGUGAUUAAUGAAUGCCAAAGGAUUAAUGAAUUUGCUUCUAGCUUCAGCUCUAUGUAUGAACUACGUCUAGAUAUAAUGCUUUUAUUUUUUCAUUAAAUUCCACAUACACUAUAUAUACAAAAGUAUGUAGACACCCCUUCAAAUUAGUGUAUGCGGCUAUUUCAGCCCCACCCGUUGCUGACAGGUGUAUAAAAUUGAGCACACAGCCAUGCAAUCUCCAAAGACAAACAUUGGCAGUAGAAUGGCCUUACUGAAGAGCUUAGCGACUUUCAACGUGGCACCAUUAUAGGAUGCCACCUUUCCUAGAGCUGCCCCGGUCAACUGUAAGUGCUGUUAUUGUGAAGUGGAAACAUCUAGGAACAACAAUGGUUUAGCUGCGAAGUGGUAGGCCACACAAGCUCACAGAACGAGAUCACCGAGUGCUGAAGCGCGCAGCGCGUAAAAAAAAUAAUCUGUCCUCGGUUGCAACACUCACUAGUUCCAAACUGCCUCUGGAGCAGUGGAAACGCGUUCUCAUGAGUGAUGAAUCAAGCUUCACCAUCUGGCAGUCCGAUGGACGCGUCUGGGUUUGGCGGAUGGCAGGAGAACGCUACCUGCCCCAAUGCAUAGUGCCAACUGUAAAGUUUGGUGGAGGUGGAAUAAUGGUCUGGGGUUGUUUUUCAUGGUCGGGCUAGGCCCCUUAAUUCCAGUGAAGGGAAAUGUUAACGCUACAGCAUACAAUGACACUCUAGACGAUUCUGUGCUUCCAACUUUGUGGCAACAGUUUGGGGACGGCCCUUUCCUGUUUCAGUAUGACAAUGCCCCUGUGCACAAAGCGAGGUUCAUACAAGAUCGGUAUGGAAGAACUUGACUGGCCUGCACAGAGCCCUGACCUCAAACCCAUCAAACACCUUUGGGAUGAAUUGGAACGCUGACUGCGAGCCAGGCCUAAUCGCCCAACAUCAGUGCCCGACCUCACUAAUGCUCUUGUGAAUGAAUGGAAGCAAGUCCCCGCAGCAAUGUUCCAACAUCUAGUGGAAAGCCUUCCCAGAAGUGUGGAGGCUGUUAUAGCAGCAAACGGGGGACCAACUCCAUAUUAAUGCCCAUGAUUUUGGAAUGAGAUGUUCGACAAGUAGGUCUCCACAUACAUUUGGUCAUGUAGUGUAGCUGUCUUUUAUCGGAUAGGCUAAAUUCCAAGUGUUUAUUAGAAAUGUUGAGUCCAUUGACAUCUCUUACUAUCCAACUAACCUCACACAUUAUAAAUCACCCCUCUCUCUCCUCUCUCUCUCACACACUCACACAGCUGUGAAUGGGGCCGACGGGGUGUUCCUUUGUCCUUAGAGGAGCUGCCUGAGCAUCUGUGGAUGACAGUGUGACUCCUGGGUUCUCCCCUGGAGGGACCACACAGUCCAAUCACAGUCCGUCUCACAUGAGUGACAUCACAUAUGUUAUUUAGGAAUGCUUUCACAGAGAAUAAAGAGAUUUACAGUAAAUGUGUGUUUUCUUAUAGAUGGGGCCAAUUUGUUACAUAUAAGGCCUAGCAAAUUCCAUGUCAAAGUUAUGUCAUUGUCUUUAAGUAAUGCCACCUGUCGGACCUGCUACCAUGAUUCUUUCUGUCCCCAGUCAGUCUUAGCAGUCUCAACACCAGUUCUGUGCUAAACAUGACUGCCCAGUCAUUGUUAAACCUCUGCAUUCAGUUCACAUCCAUUUCAGGCUCCACAGAUUGCUGCUAUUAAGAAAGCAAUUUCACAGUGGAACGUGAUGCUGCUGUGGCUGUUAAACACCAAGCAGCAUGACGUGACACCAAGCAGCAUGACGUGACAACAAGCAGCAUGACAUGACUGGAGGGUGAUAUUUCCUCUCAUAUUCACUGCAACGAAUAGUUGCAGGCACUGUCCACUCUUCUGUGGUGCUGAACUUAAAAAUUAUGGGAUUCUGUCACUGUCCAUGGAUCUUCACUCAGUGUUGCUUCUGAGUUGUUCAGUGUAGGAAGACAUGCUGUGGCUCUGUGUGCGUGAAUUCUGGCAAUGACCGCUACAAAUGUAAUUAGCUGUUUUUGAGACCAAAGGGAGCCGAUGGACAUGGGCAAAGAUGGUAUUGUGUAUUCAGAUCCUGUUGCCCGCCAAGGGGGCUAUGCAUUAUUAAACACCUGUGCCAUGUGCUGCAUGCUUCUGACUGGUGACGGGGUCUGAGUAUAACCCCCGUAGUGGAGUUGAAUCAUCACACAGACAUUUGACUCAAAAAGCGUAAUAGCGUGGGUGGGACAUGUUUGUUUUUAAAUACACUGCAACAACGUUGAUUGUACAUUAUAGUGCCACAGCAAAGUCAUAUCAGUUGUUUGAGAUGUAUAAUGACCUUUGGCUUAGGCAACUGGUGCCCUGCCCAGUCCGAAAACCUCUAGAUACUUCGAGGGCCUCUCGUAGAUCGUAGAUCAGCCACAGCAUAAAGCAAUGAGUUUAUCCAGUUUGUAGUGUGCAUUUCUAUGGUGGCCAGACUGGCCAUGACCAGUACUUGGUUAGAAUACAAUGCUUACAUGUUGUCUGGAUAAUAUCCGGAAGCCUACUUUUCAGUCAGCUAUGACAUUUUCAGUGAUGUUGAAUGUUCCAUUUGACCACUUGACAUAUUAUGUAACACUUGCCAGUGCCAGCAUUGAUGGCUUUCUCUCUCUGAUGAGUGUGAUGAUGAAUGUGUUGCUAGUGCAGAUGGAGCUGGAGUUAAAGACUGAGUCAGCAGAAUGGCGGGGGGCGGCUGUAGUGGUGCCCCCUCUUUCUCUCUCCAUCUCCCUCCCUCUCUCUCUCGUGUGUUUGUGUGGGUGUGAGAGGAGGGUGUUUGCUUGUGUGCGUACAUGUGUGACUAUACGUUUGUGAGUGUAUAUUUGUGUGUCAAGGUUGUGUAGGCUAAUGGAGAUAAUGUGGUGUCAGAGUGGGCUGAUGGCUGUAAUGAAUAUGGUGUAGCAACAUGGAGGCGCAAACCAUUGUCUUCCUUCCCUGUGCCUCCCACAGCCCAUGUUUAGGAGCAGGAUGAGUGUGCGACGGUGACAACGCUAACCCACUAUUUCCAUGGGGACUAUUAGAUUCAUCAUCAUCCUCCACCUCCCUUAUAAAAAUGUAUACCUAUCUGGUUGUCUACUCUGAAGUGUCCUAUAAUUUUCUUAUUGUGGAACAAAGAAUCGCAUAUGUGCUUUACUAGUACUCAGGUCUUGAUGACAUUUUGAAGAUUUUAUUAUAAAAUACAUACCUUGAAAAAAUCUCACAAACUCUAAAAUCAUUCUGUUAAUGCAAAUAGUUACAUUAGCCUUAUUAGUUUGUUACUAUUCAUUAGUCAAUUCUAAAUCCAACAUGCUGGUAGUUCUAGAUAAGCAGGGUUUACAAUGGCAUCAAUAGCCUUUCUCUGGAAAUUGUAUUUUGCUCCUAAGUAUAUUUUGCUGCUAUUUGCUGGAUGUCGUUGGAAUGAUAUAAUUUUAUCUACCUUACUCUGGUUUCCUGCUCGUUCACUAGCCUUGAUGUCUUGAUGCCAUUAAAGGCGUCUAGAAUCCUGGCAUACCAGGCUAGUUUUAAGGUGAUAUUCAUGAAGGCUAAUUUCUGCAGCUGGCUAAUGCUUCUCAACAGCAUUAUUGAGGUAAGUGGGAAUGGGAAAUUAGUGGAUAUCUGUAUGGGUGGAAUGAUGUAUGGACUGAUUCAAGCCGCAAGACAGCAAAGGCUCUUGUGUCGAUAAUUAGCAUUUCCUAACUAUGUAUACAAACAUCGUCAUUGAUCUGUGUGACUUCAAUCACAAGGGUCUGUCUGAGUGAAUUUUACUUAGGCCCUGAUUUAUAAACAGGUUUAGACCUUGUCUCUUACAGUGUAGAUUUAUGAUAUUUAUGGACGGCUGUCAUACAACAACACUAUUCGGUAAUUGACCACUGGUGUUAAGUGAACAGAUUUUUGUCCAUACUUUUGAAGUCAAAAUAUUUAGUAAUAUUUUAUUCUUCUCAUCAGGGGCAAUUUAGAAGGGAUCUUCAGAGCAAUUAGCCUAUCCUCCGCAUACUAUGAUAUUUCUACAAUGUACACUGCUCAAAAAAAUAAAGGGAACACUAAAAUAACACAUCCUAGAUCUGAAUGAAUGAAAUAAUCUUAUUAAAUACUUUUUUCUUUACAUAGUUGAAUGUGCUGACAACAAAAUCACACAAAAAUUAUCAAUGGAAAUCAAAUGUAUCAACCCAUGGAGGUCUGGAUUUGUAGUCACCCUCAAAAUAAAAGUGGAAAACCACACUACAGGCUGAUCCAACUUUGAUGUAAUGUCCUUAAAACAAGUCAAAAUGAGGCUCAGUAGUGUGUGUGGCCUCCACGUGCCUGUAUGACCUCCCUACAACGCCUGGGCAUGCUCCUGAUGAAGUGGCGGAUGGUCUCCUGAGGGAUCUCCUCCCAGACCUGGACUAAAGCAUCCGCCAACUUCUGGACAGUCUGUGGUGCAACGUGGCGUUGGUGGAUGGAGUGAGACAUGAUGUCCCAGAUGUGCUCAAUUGGAUUCAGGUCUGGGGAACGGGCGGGCCAGUCCAUAACAUCAAUGCCUUCCUCUUGCAGGAACUGCUGACACACUCCAGCCACAUGAGGUCUAGCAUUGUCUUGCAUUAGGAGGAACCCAGGGCCAACCGCACCAGCAUAUGGUCUCACAAGGGGUCUGAGGAUCUCAUCUCGGUACCUAAUGGCAGUCAGGCUACCUCUGGCGAGCACAUGGAGGGCUGUGCGGCCCCCCAAAGAAAUGCCACCCCACACCAUGACUAACCCACCGCCAAACCGGUCAUGCUGGAGGAUGUUGCAGGCAGCAGAACGUUCUCCACGGCGUCUCCAGACUCUGUCACGUCUGUCACAUGUGCUCAGUGUGAACCUGCUUUCAUCUGUGAAGAGCACAGGGCGCCAGUGGCGAAUUUGCCAAUCUUGGUGUUCUCUGGCAAAUACCAAACAUCCUGCACGGUGUUGGGCUGUAAGCUCAACGCCCACCUGUGGACGUCGGGCCCUCAUACCACCCUCAUGGAGUCUGUUUCUGACCGUUUGAGCAGACACAUGCACAUUUGUGGCCUGUUGGAGGUCAUUUUGCAGGGCUCUGGCAGUGCUCCUCCUGCUGCUCCUUGCACAAAGGCGGAGGUAGCAGUCCUGCUGCUGGGUUGUUGCCCUCCUACGGCCUCCUCCACGUCUCCUGAUGUACUGGCCUGUCUCCUGGUAGCGCCUCCAUGCUCUGGACACUACGCUGACAGACACAGCAAACCUUCUUGCCACAGCUCGCAUUGAUGUGCCAUCCUGGAUGAGCUGCACUACCUGAGCCACUUGUGUGGGUUGUAGACUCCGUCUCAUGCUACCACUAGAGUGAAAGCACCGCCAGCAUUCAAAAGUCACCAAAACAUCAGCCAGGAAGCAUAGGAACUGAGAAGUGGUCUGUGGUCACCACCUGCAAAACCAGUCCUUUAUUGGGGGUGUCUUGCUAAUUGCCUAUAAUUUCCACCUGUUGUCUAUUCCAUUUGCACAACAGCAUGUGAAAUGUAUUGUCAAUCAGUGUUGCUUCCUAAGUGGACAGUUUAAUUUCACAGUGUGAUUGACUUGGAGUUACAUUGUGUUGUUUAAGUUUUCCCUUUAUUUUCUUGAGCAGUGUAUUAUUUAUCAUACUUAAUUUGACAGCAGCUGCCCUCUCUAUGGAUCCAGGUCCCCAUUAUUAGUCAUUAAAGCUGUUGAAACCGUAACCUUUCCCCUCCCUUUAUUGUUCCAGUGACGUGAAUGAACUGUCGUCAAAUUUUCCAUAUGCCCCACUAAUUCAAACACGAUGAGAUAUGACAGCAGACAGGGGAGGUGAACUCUGAACCAAGACCCUGUGCCCACAUCCUGAACCUCCCCAACGAUCACCUCUGGGAGAGGAAUUAAACAUUCAUGCUUUUUAGGAUUCAUUGCAUCCACCACCAGCUGCCAAGGCCUCUGUGAUAAUGAUAAUAAUAAUAAUAUGCCAUUUAGCAGACGCUUUUAUCCAAAGCGACUUACAGUCACGUGCGCAUAUAUUUUUACGUAUGGGUGGUCCCGGGGAUCGAACCCACUACCCUGGCGUUACAAGCGCCAUGCUCUACCAAUUGUGCUACAGAGCCCUUUCUUUUCGAUUCCCCCGGGGAGAGCCCUCCUUCCUUCUUUUUGAGGAUCAAUCGGAUCCUGUGUCAUCACAGGCAUCUUUUUUUCUUUGUUGUUGACAAGAUUAGCUGGUAGGGUUGGCAAUAGGCAUGUCAAAUGUGGAAGUUUUUAUUUUUAUUUUUUAUUUUUGGGUAGAUAGAUUGUAACUUCCAUCAAUGUAAUUGUCUGCAUCACUUCCAAUCCCCCAUGUACAUACAUACAUACAUACAUUUAAACUCAGUUUUUCACAAUUCCUGACAUUUAAUCCUAGUAAACAUUCCCUGUCUUAGGUCAGUUAGGAUCACCACUUUUAUUUUAAGAAUGUGAAAUGUCCGAAUAAUUGUAGAGAUAAUUAUUUAUUUCAGCACAUUCCCAGUGGGUCAGAAGUUUACAUACACUCAAUUAGUAUUUGGUAGCAUUGCCUUUAAAUUGUUUAACUUGGGUCAAACGUUUUGGGUAGCCUUCCACAAGCUUCCCACAAUAAGUUGGGUGAAUUUUGGCCCAUUCCUCCUGACAGAGCUGGUGUAACUGAGUCAGGUUUGUAGGCUUCCUUGCUCGCACACGCUUUUUCAGUUCUGCCCUCACAUUUUCUAUAGGAUUGAGGUCAGGGCUUUGUGAUGGCCACUCCAAUACCUUGACUUUGUUGUCCAUAAGCCAUUUUGCCACAACUUUGGAAGUAUGCUUGGGGUCAUUUUCCAUUUGGAAGACCCAUUUGCGACCAAGCUUUAACUUCCCGAUUGAUUUCUUGAGAUGUUGCUUCAAUAUAUCCACAUAAUUUUCCUUCCUCAUGAUGCCAUCUAUUUUGUGAAGUGCACCAGUCCCUCCUGCAGCAAAGCACCCCCACAGCAUGAUGCUGCCACCCCCAUGCUUCACGGUUGAGAUGGUGUUCUUCGGCUUGCAAGCAACCACCUUUUUUUUUUUUUUUUUUACGAUGGUCAUUAUGGCCAAACAGUUCUAUUUUGUUUCAUCAGACCAGAGGACAUUUCUCCAAAAAGUACGAUCUUCGUCCCCAUGUGCAGUUGCAAACCGUAGUCUGGCUUUUGUAUGGCGGUUUUGGAGCAGUGGCUUCUUCCUUGCUGAGCGGCUUUUCAGGUUAUGUCGAUAUAGGACUCAUUUUACUGUGGAUAUAGAUACUUUUGUACCUGUUUCCUCCAGCAUCUUCACAAGGUCCUUUGCUGUUGUUCUGGGAUUGGUUUGCACUUUUCGCACCAAAGUACGUUCAUCUGUAGGAGACAGAACACGUCUCAUUCCUGAGCGGUAUGACGGCUGCGUGGUCCCAUGGUGUUUAUACUUGCGUACUAUUGUUUGUACAGAUGAACGUCGUACCUUCAGGCGUUUGGAAAUUGCUCCCAAGAAUGAACCAGACUUGUGGAGGUCUACAAAUUUUUUUCUGAGGUCUUGGUGGUUUCUUUUGAUUUUCCCAUGAUGUCAAGCAAAGAGGCACUGAGUUUGAAGGUAGGCCUUGAAAUACAUCCACAGGUACACCUCUAAUUGACUCAAAUGAUGUCAAUUAGCCUAUCAGAAGCUUCUAAAGCCAUGACAUCAUUUUCCGUCAUGCACAAAGUAGAUGUCCUAACCGACUUGCCAAAACUAUAGUUUGUUAACAAUAAAUUUGUGGAGUGGUUGAAAAACGAGUUUUAAUGACUCCAACCUAAGUGUAUGUAAACCUCCGACUUCAACUGUACAUAUAUAUACAUAUCCUUAAAAAUAUAUAUAUAUUUCCCUUUAUUACUUUCCAACCCCACCACCCCUUCCCUAAUUGGAAUAAACUAGUGAACAACAGCGCUUAGGCCUCGACUUCCAGCGUAUACGUACUAUAUACAUUUUAUGGACACAGUCAAUUUUACAAUGAUUCUAUUUUGUUUGUUUUUACUCCUGAACUUCCUCUACCCUCAACCUCUCUGAUCAUUUUCAUGAUGUCCAUCCGGUUUGCUUCUAUAUGCCAUAUCUCUCCAACUGUGCUCCUUCACAAAAGCUCUCAACCUAUAACCUAUAUACUUAUUAUGGACACAGAAUGCCCUACAUUAGUUAUCUUGCUGUUAUUAGUUGUUAUUAGUCCCAUCCUUCAGCUCCAUUCAACACCUCCCAUCUAUCUCAAACGUGGAAGUUGACAAUACAUUUUUCUAUUUGUUUUUCAGGCUAUUUGCAGAUGGUCUCCAAUACUUUCUAGAUGCUUUUUCUAUAUCUACAUUUGAAAAUGUAUUAAUUUCUGCUCUGUUAAUAUUUCCUUGUCUCUGUACCUUCAGGGGAAGGAGACUGAGGAAGAGGAUGAUGUGGCAGUCAACAUGGAAAAAGAUCGAUUUAUGGAUGAGUUCUUUGCACAGGCAAGCCCCAGGUUUCUGUCUUAAUCUCUGUGUGUGUGUGUGUGUGUGUGUGUGUGUGUGUGUGUGUGUGUGCAUGCUAUGCGAGCGACGAGUGCUCUCUGUAUGUACACCAUUGAGAUGUACGCAAAGUCUGCACAGGCACUGCACAACUAAAUCAGAAAUUCUGAGGUCCAAUAAAUUACUCAAAAUGUUGUUCAUAUCAACCUUUUCAUAUCUCUGCUGAAAUCAUUUUCUUUUAGCUUUAUCUCUGUAAAGUUACUAACAAGAAACUUGUACUUGAGGUUAGAUAACAAUGUGUUAAAGCAACGUUUGGCAUCUUACUCUUCUACCAGUUUUAAUCCUAAUCCAGACAGUGGACAACUGUGGGCCAGAUCUGGUUGUUUUGUGGCACAUGUUUGGCUCAGUGUCGGCACAGCAACUUGUGUCAUAUGGUCCAGAUCUGGUUUGGCACUAGGGAAGGGUUGCCACUUUGCUUAUGGGCAAGCUCUGACUUAAGUUAUGUGGCCCUAUUAUAAGUCCCCGUAGUUGCUGGGCCACUUUUGGUAUGAAAUGUGGGCUGCAUGCAUCCACCUUGCUGUGCAGGUCUGGCUUUUUCAUGGCGAACAUCUGGCGUCUAGAAUCCUGGCAUGGAGUUGACGCACUAGCUACUCUUAAGCUAACAGUACCCAAAAUUGGGCACUAUAAUUACUUUAAAAUAUGUAUAUGUUUACAUGACUUAUUUGAUUGAUUUCCUGCCGUUUUAUAAGUCAGAUGACAGCCAUCCAUACCUUCCUAGGACUAUGUCAACGUCCUCUGUCGAAUAAAUGUGUAUUUGCCUCCCUCUGGUGGUCAGCUGCAUCAUUACAUCCAUUUAUAUCACUUCACUGCUACGUUACGUCAAAGGGGCGGUCCUUAGAAAAAUAUUUAUCCAGCUCGACUGCUUCACGGCACAGACAUGGCAAAGCAGUCACUUUCAUAGCUCUACAAUAAAGAAUGCAACUUACACACUUCCUUAAACCUAAAAUAAGUAAAGAAGUAAUUUUGUGUGGAAGUCAAACAUUUGUUUUACGUCGGAGGCAGACACAUUGCAUAUGCUUAGAACAGCAAAAUUGAUCCCUUUACAUAGCCCUUCUCCCCUUUAAAUGGCCCAAAUGUUGAUUUAGACGUUCACAAAUGUAACUGAUUUUGACUCUCACUAAUGUCAUGAUAUGUUUGGUAAAGUAAUAAAGAAGGUGAAAUAUUUUGGGUAGAUGUUCCUAAAACAGAUUAUAACUAUAUAUGGACAUAUUAUAAAGUAUGAAAAGGCUUAUUCAUUCAAAAAAUAGAUAUAUAUCAGACCAUCGUAUUUGUAUAUAUUUUAUUAUACUUUUAUUGUGUACUAGAUCAUAUAGGUUGAAAGGUGUUUUUUUUCUCAGACAUAAAUUAACAAUUCCAGGUGAAAGUCAAAGAUCAUAGCUUUCUGGGGGGGAAACACUACUACAUUAAUAAAAUAUUGCCCUCUUACUAGAUUGAUGACUAAAACCAUAGCGAAACCGUGCAAAAUGGCUGUCAGCUCAACUGAUUUUAAGGUAUGGCAACCAGACCUGACCUACUUGUUUUUCUUCACCAUCACACCUGUAAGUAUUCCUGACUCUGAGUUGAGGAUGUCUACUGUAAUUCAGCUGGAGUUGAUCCAGUUUCUAAAACUAGUUACUUCCAUAGUUGAACAGGCACUUAUUAUGCGUGAAGUAGCGGGGUUGCCGUGUUCGUGCUCAGCCUUUGAGCUCUGAAGUCAACAUCUCACUGUAGGCAACGUCUUGGGCUCCCAAUUACAGACUCUUCAAGCUCUUCAAGAUACACAUUAAAAUCAUCAAGCCGUUAUGGUUCAACUCUUCCCAUAUUCCCAAGAGAAUGCGUUCUCAAUCAACUUACCUGAUCAAAUAAAGGUGUAUAAAUAAAUAAAUAAAUAAAUAAAUAAAUGAAUUGGAUUUAGGUCUAGAUACACCUUAUUCCUCAGAGACUGUGAUGGUAUAAUAAUUUAAACCCCCUCUGCGCCCUCCCUCCUCUCUCCUCUCUUUCCAUUGAAGUCUUCCUGGCAUUGCCUCCCUGUACUUUAACAGGCGUUUUCUCAUCAGGCUGCCCACAUGUAGUGUCUGAGCUCUCUAAAUCAAAUCAUAUUAAUAUAAAUAACAGGUGUAGACUAACAGUGAAUAGCUUACUUACGGGUCCUUUUCCAACAAUGCAGAGUUUAAUAAUAGUGACAUGAGGAACACAUUAACAUGGUUGUAUACAGGGAGUACCAGUACCGAGUUGAUGUGCAGGGGUACGAGGUAACUAGCAGCACACUUAAAUACUAGCUGAUCUGUAGGGUACAUUUUAGUCAUUUAGCAGACGCUCUUAUCCAGAGCGACUUACAGUUAGUGAGUGCAUAAUUUUUUUUUCAUACUGGCCCCCCGUGGGAAUCAAACCCACAACCCUGGCGUUGCAAAUGCCAUGCUCUACCAACUGAGCUACACAGGACUACAAACUCCGCUGAGAAUCUCCCUAGCUACCAGGCACUGUGCAGUGUCUGUGGUGGUUGAAUACACACGUUGAUGUAACCUACAUCUCUCUCUGUCUUUCUCCACCAGGAGUGAUAUUUAGACCACCUCCCUAUAGACACAGUGCACACUGAUGACAUCACUGAGGCCUAUAACAAAGUGUAGUGUGCUGUGAGAGUUGGAAUGGAAUGGGCUCGAUACUGUUUGACAUAUACGCUGAGUGUACAAAACAUUAGGAACACCUGAUUACUACUGAGUUGCACCCCCUUUUGCCCUCAGAAUAGCCUCAAUUCGUCGGGACAUGGACAACAAGGUGUCGAAGGCGUUCCACAGAGAUUCUGGCCCAUGUUGACACCAAUGCUUCCCACAGUUGUUUCAAGUUGGCUGGAUGUCCUUUGGGCGGUGGACCAUUCUUGAUACACACAGGAAACUGUUGAGCGUGAAAAACCCAGCAGCGUUGCAGCUCUUGACAUACUCAAACCGGUGCGCCUGGCACCUACUACCAUACCCCGUUCAAAGGCACUUAAAUAUUUUCUUGUCCAUUCACCCUCUGAAUGGCACACACACACAAUCCAUGUCUCAAUUGCCUCAAGGCUUAAAAAUCCUUAUUUAACCCGUCUCCUCCCCUUCAUCUACAAUGAUUGAAGUGGAUUUAACAGGUGACAUCAUUAAGGGAUCAUAGCUUUCACCUGAAUUCACCUGGUCAGUCAAUGUCAUGGAAAGAGCAGUGUUUUGUACACUCAGUGUAUGACAAUUAUAUUGGGCUUCGCUGUAUACUAAGCAGCAUACAGAAGUGGCUGCACACACAGACCAUGUCUAGUAAAAAGCUUGAUUUUAGCUUGACUGUUUAAAAUUAGGCAAUUGGCAUCUAACGUGCUAACAGAUUUUUGACUCCCCAAAUCCGAGUGAAGAUAUAACACAUUUCUACCAACAGCUACAUGAUACAUUUUCAAACAAAUCAUAUGAAGUAUAGAUUUCAUGUUUUUUUUAUGGACAUCUUUCUGGGUCCUACAUCAUUACCUGGUCUGAUUGUGGAAGGCCUCCUUAAGGUGUUUGUGUAUUCUAGGACAAGCACCAACCCAUUUUGAAUGAACAUACAUUUAUAUUUUCAUUUCUUAUGAAGUGGUGAGGAGUGUCAAAUGGGGGCUUGUUGUAGAUUGUCGCCCUCUCUGCUGUACCAGGUGGAGGAAAUCCGAGGCUUCAUCGAGGAGCUAUCAGAGAAGGUGGAGGAGGUAAAGAGACAACACAGCGCCAUCUUGGCCGCCCCGAAUCCUGACGAAAGUAAGUCACUCUCCUCCUGUACUCUUUCUCCCUGGAUGAAAGGAUAAGAGCGAGAACAAGGGAGAGGGUGGGUGGUAACCUCCACAGGUCAUGAAAUGAGUUGGUAGGGUGUCCAGAGUGGGUGGAAACGUGCUUUGGUGAUGAAAUUUCACUUCCUUAUGUUAUAAAAUUAAUUUUACCAAGACAAAUAUGAUUACUCAUGUUCGGAAUCGUUCAGUGGGGUCUUUCUCUAACGUAUCAUUACCAUUACAGUAUAUCCGAAAAGUCGGAUUUCGUAACCUAAUACAUCCGAUAAUAAGCACCGGAUUCUGUUGACAUAGCGGUGCAGGUUUCUCGUAACAACUUUUAAGCGUUUAACAUUUUGUGGACAUUGUCUUUAAAGUUGUUUCCGUGGGUCGCAAAAAGCUAAAUUAGCAUGACACGAGCUGAACUAAAUGUAAAAUCCUUAGAAAAUAAAAAGCUUGGUAUAAGCUCAGCGCUCCGUUGACAUUUCACAGAGAUACACUUGUUUUUGUGAUAAAUCUUCGAUAAAGAACAGGAAUUUUGAAUUCAUAUGAAAAGUGUAUACGAAAAUACUACAUGUCAUUUCUCAAAAUCGAUAUCCAUCAUACCUCUAUAUUGUUUAUGUCCUGUGGAUUCGAGAAGAAAGAUGUAGCCUUAAUUCUUGCACAGAAUCCAGCCUAGCUAACGCAAUGCAAUUUUCCAGAUUCUUGACAAAAGAAAAUCUCUGGCCUCUAUUGAUUUAGUCACCCUAAUUCUGGCCAUCCUACAAGGGUAAACACUCGAAUAACUUUUGAAUGGAUUAUGAUAGAGAUAUGCGGUUUGGACCAUUGGUUUUCUUAGCGGAUUAUCUACACAAUUAACAUAUUUUAUUAUAUAAUUUUACCCAUUGGUCAAAAGUUGGGGUUUUGAUUGGACACCCUAGAGUUGGCAGAUACUUUUGCAAAAGGGUAUCACCCCUAUCUGCCUCCUUCACGCACACACGCAUGCACAUGCGCGCGCACACACACAGUCAUAUGUAGUGCAGACCACCUCUGAACCUCCCUCUUUCAUUACAGCCUAGUCAUAAAUCAGGGUUAUUAUCUGUUGAGCUCACAUGCUGCAAUAGCAAUCCCUAUGUUACUCUCAACCCGCACACAAUAUAUUCUUCUCACACCCCUACAGUUUUCUUAUCAGUGAUAGCAGCACAAGUAGUGUGUGAAAAGGAGACUCUCUGGAACAAUGGUUGUUCAAACCUCAAACUCUGUUCAGGAUUUGAAGAAUUUACUUGUUGAAUUGAAGUGGAGAGUUGCCCACUAUGUGAAUGGAUUGAAUGGAGUUCAAAUGCAUUGACCCCAGCACUGGCAUGAGGACUUGGGUGUUGUUGGUGUAGAGUGGUGUCUAGCUCACACUAUUUAUGGAAGGACUCACUCCCUGGAAAGACGUCUGUGGUUUUGUUCACUGAAAAAUACAGGCCAUGACCCCAAGGGUGGGGUUGAAUUCAAGUCACUCUACAACACACCACACUUACUUUCAGUGUGCCAGUUUGUGAGUCAGUGUGCCACAACUACAUUUUAAGUAGUGUUUAAAUACCCUCCUGUUUUAUCUGAAAUUUAUAAUUAAAGUAAUUUAAUUGCAUUGUAUACAAUAAUAGAUGUAGUCUGAUUAGGCUGAUAAGUCUUAAUGAAACUAUCAAAUAAAAUGUUAAUGGUCGCAUACAUAUUUUGCAGAUGUUAUCGCAGGUGCAGUGAAAUGCUUAUGUUUCUAGCUCCAACAGUGCAGUAAUUAAUACCUAACAAUACAAAACAAUACACACAAAUCCAAAAAUAAAAUAGAAAGGAAUUAAGAAAAAUAUAAAUAUCAGAACGAGCAGUGUCAGAGUCCGGAAUAUAAAUAUAUAUGUAUAUGAUGGUGUGUAUAGAUAUUAUGGACAGUAUAUGAAUAGAAAAGGUGUGUACAGCAUUAGUUAUAUAGGAUGAGCCUUUACUAGAAUACAGUAUAUACAUAUGAAGUGGAUAAAACAGUAUGUAAACAUUAUUAAAGUGACCAGUGUUCAACGAUUAUGUACAUAGGGCAGCAGUCUCUAAGGUGCAGGGUUGAGUACUGGGUGGUAGCCGGCUAGUGACAGUGACUAAAGUUCAGGGCAGGGUACUGAUUAGUGGUGACUAUUUAACAGUCUGAUGGACUGGAGAUAGAAGCUGUUUUUCAGUCUCUCUGUCUCUCUGCACCUGUACGGUCUCCGCCUUCUAGAUGGUAGCAGGGUGAACAGGCCGUGGCUCGGGUGACUGAGGUGCUUGAUGAUCUUCUUGGCCUUCCUGUGACACCGGGUGCUGUAGAUGUCCUGGAGGGCAGGCAGUGUGCCCCCGGUUGAGCUGACCUCACCACCCUCUGGAGAGCCCUGCGGUUGCAGAUGGUGCAUUUACCGUACCAUGCAGUGAUACAGCCCGAGAUGAUGAUCUCAAUGGUGCAUCUGUAGAAGUUUGUGAGAGUCUUAGGGGAUAAGCUGAAUUUCUUCAGCCUCCUGAGGUUGAAGAUGCACUGUUUCGACUUCUUCACCACACUGUUCAGUCGUGGUCAAACGAUUUGUGAAUGACACAAGUAUUGGUCUUCACAAAGUUCGCUGCUUCAGUGUUAUGAGAUACUUUUGUCAGAUGUUACUAUGGUAUACUGAAAUAUAAUUACAAGCAUUCCAUAAGUGUCAAAGGCUUUUAUUGGCAAUUACAUUAAGUUUAUGCAGAGUCAAUAUUUGCAGUGUUGACCCUUCUUUUUCAAGACCUCUGCAAUCCGCCCUGGCAUGCAGUCAAUUAACUUCUGGGCCACAUCCUGACUGAUGGCAGCCCAUUCUUGCAUAAUCAAUGCUUGGAGUUUGUCAGAAUUUGUGGGUUUUUGUUUGUCCACCCGCCUCUUGAGGAUCGACCACAAGUUCUCAAUGGGAUUAAGGUCUGGGGAGUUUCCUGGCCAUGGACCCAAAAUGUCGAUGUUUUGUUCCCCAAGCCACUUAGUUAUCACUUUUGCCUUAUGGCAAGGUGCUCCAUCAUGCUGGAAAAGGCAUUGUUCGUCACCAAACUGUUCUUGGAUGGUUGGGAGAAGUUGCUCUCGGAGGAUGUGUUGGUACCAUUCUUUAUUCAUGGCUGUGUUCUUAGGCAAAAUUGUGAGUGAGGCCACUCCCUUGGCUGAGAAGCAACCCCACACAUGAAUGGUCUCAGGAUGCUUUACUGUUGGCAUGACACAGGACUGAUGGUAGCGCUCACCUUGUCUUCUCCGGACAAGGUGUUUUCCGGAUGCCCCAAACAAUCAAAAAGGGGAUUCAUCAGAGAAAAUGACUUUACCCCAGUCCUCAGCAGUCCAAUCCCUGUACCUUUUGCAGAAUAUCAGUCUGUCCCUGAUGUUUUUCCUAGAGAGAAGUGGCUUCUUUGCUGCCCUUCUUGACACCAGGCCAUCCUCCAAAAGUCUUCGCCUCACUGUGCGUGCAGAUGCACUCACACCUGCCUGCUGCCAUUCCUGAGCAAGCUCUGCACUGGUGGUGCCCCGAUCCCGCAGCUGAAUCAACUUUAGGAGACGGUCUUGGAGCUUGCUGGACUUUCUUGGGCGCCCUGACGCCUUCUUCACAACAAUAGAACCUCUCUCCUUGAAGUUCUUGAUGAUCCGAAAAAUUGUUGAUUUAGGUGCAAUCUUACUAGCUGCAAUAUCCUUGCCUGUGAAGCCCUUUUUGUGCAAAGCAAUGAUGACGGCACGUGUUUCCUUGCAGGUAACCAUGGUUAACAGAGGAAGAACAAUGAUUUCAAGCACCACCCUCCUUUUAAAGCUUCCAGUCUGUUAUUCUAACUCAAUCAGCAUGACAGAGUGAUCUCCAGCCUUGUCCUCGUCAACACUCUCACCUGUGUUAACGAGAGAAUCACUGACAUGAUGUCAGCUGGUCCUUUUGUGGCAGGGCUGAAAUGCAGUGGAAAUGUUUUAUGGGAUUAAGUUCAUUUUCAUGGCAAAGAGGGACUUUGCAAUGAAUUGCAAUUCAUCUGAUCACUCUUCAUGACAUUCUGGAGUAUAUGCAAAUUGCCAUCAUCAAAACUGAGGCAGCAGACUUUGUGAAAAUUAGUAUUUGUGUCAUUCUCAAAACUUUUGGCCACGACUGUAUGUGUGGAUGGACCAUUUCAGGUUGUCAGUGAUGUGCAUACUGAGGAACUUGAAGCUUUUCACCCUCUCCACUGCAGCGCUGUGGAUGUUCCUUGGGAGCAAUUUCCAAACGCCUGAAGGUACCACGUUCAUCUGUACAAACAAUAGUACGCAAGUAUAAACACCAUGGGACCACACAGCCGUCAUACCGCUCAGGAAGGAGACACGUUCUGUCUCCUAGAGAUUAACGUACUUUGAAGCGAAAAGUGCAAAUCAAUCCCAGAACAACAGCAAAGGACCUUGUGAAGAUGCUGGAGGAAACAGGUACAAAAGUAUCUAUAUCCACAGUAAAACGAGUCCUAUAUCGACAUAACCUGAAAAGCCGCUCAGCAAGGAAGAAGCCACUGCUCCAAAACCGCCAUAAAAAAGUCAGACUACGGUUUGCAACUGCACAUGGGGACAAAGAUCAUACUUUUUGGAGAAAUGUCCUCUGGUCUGAUGAAACAAAAAUAGAACUGUUUGGCCAUAAUGACCAUCGUUAUGUUUGGAGGAAAAAGGGGGUUGCUUGCAAGCCGAAGAACACCAUCCCAACCGUGAAGCACAGGGGUGGCAGCAUCAUGCUGUGGGGGUGCUUUGCUGCAGGAGGGACUGGUGCACUUCACAAAAUAGAUGGCAUCAUGAGGAAGGAAAAUUAUGAGGAUAUAUUGAAGCAACAUCUCAAGACAUCAGUCAGGAAGUUAAAGCUUGGUCGCAAAUGCGUCUUCCAAAUGGACAAUGACCCCAAGCAUUCUUCCAAAGUUGUGGCAAAAUGGCUUAAGGACAACAAUGUCAAGUUAUUGGAGUGGCCAUCACAAAGCCCUGACCAAAAUCCUAUAGAAAAUGUGUGGGCAGAACUGAAAAAGUGUGUGCGAGCAAGGAGGCCUACAAACCUGACUCGGUUACACCAGCUCUGUCAGGAGGAAUGGGCCAAAAUUCACCCAACUUAUUGUGGGAAGCUUGUGGAAGGCUACCCGAAACGUUUGACCCAAGCUAAACAAUUUAAAGGCAAUGCUACCAAAUACUAAUUGAGUGUAUGUAAACUUCUGACAAACUGGGAAUGUGAUUAAAUCAAUAAAAGCUUAAAUAAAUCAUACUCUCUACUAUUAUUCUGACAUUUCACAUUCUUAAAAUAAAGUGGUGAUCCUAACUGACAUAAGACAGGGAAUUCUUACUAGGAUUAAAUGUCAGGAAUUGUGAAAAACUGAGUUUAAAUGUAUUUGGCUAAGGUGUAUGUAAACUUCCGACUUCAACUGUAUCUAAGCCUUAACACGACUAUGUGCUCCGAAGUCCCUUUCAUAGCAGGAGAAGAAUCCUGCAUCAUUAUUGCAGGUUAGAGAAGACCAUUGUCAGUGGCAUUUCAAUGGGGACAUUGACACACACAACCUCCUCAUCGUCUGUGACAGAUGAACUUGACCUUCGUGUUUUGUCGGGGUCACACACUCAGGCUACCCUCAUUGUCAGGGCCACGGCAGGCAGAAAUUAGUUGUCAGGGCUAAAACGAGAUGGCAACCACAUUCUGAUCAGAUGCGCGAUUAAUGAGAAGAGCCAGGGUUAGGGUUCAUGUUCCGUAUUCCUACCAGCUGUUUUACAUACAAACACACAUACACACACACACACAUACGCACACUCACAAUAGUGGCAAUUAUAUACACACACACAUACGUACCCAUAUGCACGCACUCACACACCCCCACUGAAGACAGAGCUGUCUUGGCGCCACAGGGAGCCUCUUAUGUGAAUGUCUCUUCUCUCAGCCUCUGGAAGAGAUGAUACAAUCUCCCAAUGGCCGUUGAGUCUGAUUUCUGGAAAUUAGGAGGACUACAAGGAGUGUAUAGACAGAACACAGAGUUACACUAACAAGCUAUUGUGGGAUCUAGUGGUGGUUUUGGCGCUAUCACUCUCCUAUUCAUAAUUGAUGAGUGGUUGUAAUGUGGGCUAUCCACUGACUCCAGACUUUCAUUUUAGGAGGAGAUAAAAACAGAAAAGGAGAGGAAUGAAAUGCCAAGGGUGCAUCUCAAUAGUCUAAACCAGCUUCCUCUCUUUGUUUCCUUUACCCAUACAGAACUGAAAACACAGGAUAGAUGAGAGCAACAUGUAGGAACUUAAACCCACACAUUACUUUCACCUAUCCAGUCAUUUAGAUCAAUUUAGGGUAAGGAGAAAAGGACAGGAAUCCACAUUUUGUCUAUGGAGACCUAGCCCAAAGUCAUGUGUGGGGCUUAGAAGUAGGGUGAAAUUACCAUAUCUCUGUGUGGGUGGUGUGGUCUGUGCAGCCCACUGAGAAGAUGACUGAUGCUGGGAGCUGGCUGGGUGGGACAGGGUAAUUUACAUUUACAUUUUAGUCAUUUAGCAGACGCUCUUAUCCAGAGCGACUUACAGUUAGUGAAUACAUAUAUUUUUAUACUGGCCCCCCGUGGGAAUUGAACCCACAACCCUGGCGUUGCAAACGCCAUGCUCUAUCAACUGAGCUACAUCCCUGCCGGCCAUUCCCUCCCCUACCCUGGACGACGCUGGGCCAAUUGUGCGCCGCCCAUGAGUCUCGAACCAGGAUUCGAACCAGGAUCUCUCGUGGCACAGUUAGCACUGCGAUGCAGUGCCUUAGACCACUGCGCCACUCAGGAGUUAUCACUACCUAAGCAACCCUGAUCUUCCAUUUGAUGGAAUAUUUUUGAUUAUUUAGGAAUAUUUUACCCCUCUUGGGAAGAUGUAUAAGUAGUUAAAAGCUGUUCAGCAUCUGGUGAUAUGGCUGGGGUAUUAAAAAUAUGUUUUUUUUAUGUUAACAGAAGGGGCUAUUUUCAAUCAAUACUGGAAGGGAGGGAAAGGGUGUUAAAGCAGGGGUAUUCAACCGUGGGUCCGCGACGGUACUGCAGGUGGUCCGCGAAAUAGAUUUCCCUCCCCAAUGUUUUUCUGAACUUUAUUUCUGAACUCCUAAUAUUGAGCAAAUUACACUCAUUGGAGCCAAUUACACACACUGGAAUAUCUGACAUAUGCUUUGAAAAAGCACCCGCGAAUAGGCUACCAGUGUGGCAAGUGUCGCUGGCUGCUGGUAAGCUUUCUUGACAUGGCUAACCUUUGUUUAACCAGCUAAACAGCUGCUCUUAGCAAAAAUGUGUUUGGAGUUUAUUUGUUUAUUUGGAUCUCCAUUAGCUUUUGCAGAGGCAGCAGCUAUUCUUCCUGGGGUCCACAAAAAGCACAAAACAUGACAAGAAACAAAACACUGGUACACUGAUAGACACUGAAGGACAGUCACACAAAUGUAAAAUACAACGAUAUAAAACAGUACAAAAAAAAUGUCCCCUCACAGUCCCCGCCGUUCCAUGAGAUGUUUAAUCUUUUUUAAAGGUAAUUUUGCUGUUUGCUUGAGUCAUUGGUGAUGGAAGGGAGUUCCAUGCGAUCAUGGCUCUGUAUAAUACUGUGCGUUGCCGUAAAUCUGUUUUGGACUUGGGGACUGUGAAGAGACCCCUGGUGGCAUGUCUUGUGGGUUAUAUAUAGGUGUCUGAGCUGAAUGUUAUUCAAUUAUGCAGACAAUCAGGAAGUUUCAUUACAGUAAUACUUCUCAUAAAAACUAGAAGAGAAGCAGUUAAUCUCUCGUCAACCAUCAACCAGGGAAAACUGGCAUGCAUGUUGUUGAUGUAAGUUCUGUAUGUCCAGUUAAGGGCGAGGUGUGCUGCUCUGUUUUGAGCCAGCUGCAGCUUUGCUAGGUCUUUCUUUGCUGCACUUGAUCAUAUUACUGGACCAUCAACCAGGGAAAACUGGCAUGCAUGUUGUUGAUGUAAGUUCUGUAUGUCCAGUAAUCAAGAUGGGACAAGACCAGAGCCUGAACAACUAGUACAGUUGAUUUUUGUGUCAAAAAGACAUACCCCUCCCCAUCUUCACAACAACUUUGACUUGACUAUGAUAAUUGACCUUCCAAUGUUAUACCUAGGAGUUUAGCUUCCUCAACUUGCUCAAUGGUCACACCCUUUAUACACAUCUCCAGUUGAGGUUUAGGUCUUACAGAAUGUUUUGAACCAAAUACAAUUAUUUUAGUUUUAGAUGUAUUUAAGACCAGUUUAUUAUUAAUCACCCAUUCUGAUACUGACUGUAACUCCUUAUUUAGAAUUUCAGUAAGCUCACUGGCCUUGGGUGCUAAUGUAUGAUGUGGGUCCCUGAGUCGUCAGUUUGCCUGGGAGGGGGUCCCUGGGCAAGAAAAGGUUGAAAACCCUUGUGUUAAAGGCCCAGUGUUUUAUAUAUAUUUCCACACUGAGGUUGGAAUAGUACUGUGAAAUUAUUAAAAUUAUGAUAAUGCCCUUUUAGUGUAGCUGUUUGAAAAUACCUCCUGAAAUUUCAGCCUGUUUUGGUCGGAUGGAGUUGUGCUCUGCCUGAUGACAUCACCAGGCGGUAAAUUAUACUGAACAAAAAUAUAAACGCAACAUGUAAAGUGUUGGUCCAAUGUUUAACAUUUUCCAUGUACACAAAAAGCUUAUUUCUCUCAAAUUUAGUGAGUAUUUCUCCUUUGCCAAGAUAAUCCAUCCAACUGACACGUGUGGCAUAUUAAGAAGCGGAUUAAACAGCAUGAUCAUUACACAGGUGCACCUUGUGCCACUCUAAAAUGUGCAGUUUUGUCACACAACACAAUACCACAGAUGUCUAAAGUUUUGAGGGAGCGUGCAAUUGGCAUGCUGACUGCAGGAAUGUCCACCAGAGCUGUUGCCAGAUAAUUUAAUGUUAAUUUCUCUGCCAUAAGCUGCCUCCAAUGUCAUUUUAGAGAAUUUGGCAGUACGUCCAACUGGCCUCACAACCGCAGACCACGUGUAACCACAUCAGCCCAGAACCUCCACAUCCAGCUUCUUGACCUGCGGGAUCGUCUGAGACCAGCCAUCUGUGGGUUUGCACAACUGAAGAAUUUCUGCAUAAACUGUUAUAAACCAUCUCAGGGAAGCUCCUCUGUGUGCUGGUCGUCCUCACAAGGGGCUUGACCUGACUGCAGUUUGGCGUCGUAACCGACUUCAGUGGGCAAAUGCUCACCUUCAAUGGACACUGUCACGCUGGAUAAGUGUGCUCUUCACAGAUGAAUCCCGGUGUGAACAGAGUACCCCAUGGUGGCAGUGGGGUUAUGGUAUGGGCAGGCAUAAGCUAAGGACAACAAACACAAUUGCAUUUGAUCGAUGGCAAUUUGAAUGCACGGAGAUACCGUGAUGAGAUCCUGAGGCCCAUUGUCAUGCCAUUCAUCCGCCACCAUUACCUCAUGUUUCAGCAUGAUAAUGCACGGCCCAAUGUCGCAAGGAUCUGUUCACAAUUACUGGAAGCUGAAAAUGUCCCAGUUCUUCCAUUACCAGAUAUGUCACCCAUUGAGCAUGUUUGGGAUGCUCUGGAUCAACGUGUACGUCAGCGUGUUCCAGUUCCCGCCAAUAUCCAGAAACUUCGCUGGAGUGGGACAACAUUCCACAGGCCACAAUCAACAGCCUGAUCAACUCUAUGCGAAGGAAAUGUGUUGCGCUGCAUGAGGCAAAUGGUGGUCACACCAGAUACUGACUGGUUUUCUGAUCCACGGCCCUACUUUUUAUUUUGUGGGUAUCUGUGACCAACAGAUGCAUAUCUGUAUUCCAAGUCAUGUGAAAUCCAUAGAUUAGGCCCUAAUGAAUUUCUUUAAAUUGACUGAUUUCCUUAAAUGAACUGUAACUCAGUAAAAUCAUUGACAUUGUUGCGUGUUGCGUUUAUAUUUUUGUUCAGUGUUGUUAAUAGACCAAUAAUAAUGAGAGCUCCAAACCUCCUUCCAAUAACAGCCCGUUUUCAGUUUUAUCCACCCCACUCAGACUACUCCCAGACAGUCCUAGCAAAAUUAUUGCUUGAGAAAUUGCUCUUUGCUAAGAAGCUAUUUGUGUUUCUUUGUGACCAGUUUGUGCCUCGCAAAAGUGAUUUCUGUCCUCUUUAUGAAAUUAUUAACUUUACCCUGUAUAUCAAAAAAUUACCAUAUACACUGAUUGUUUAAAGCAAAACUACCAAAACUAUUGCUGACUGUGAACCUGAACAAUACAAAUAAAAUAUAUUGUAAGCCCCGUAUAGCCAGAUGAGCAGGUAUAGCCAGAUGAGAGUGUCUCUGGUAGCUUACUUUUAUUCCGGUAAAACACUGUUUUCAACAGCGCAUAGAUAACAAUAACCUAGCAAAUGACAUAGGUUGUCACUCAACUAAUAAAGCCUAAUAUCGCGUAAGCCAUUUUAGCAUUUGAAUGCUGAAGGUGCCGGACAGAUGUGCAAGAUCAGGAACAGGCCGCCUACCUCGCGUUGGUCAGUGCGCAAUGCUAGGUGCAGUUUGAAAACUGAUAUUGCCUGGGAUGUCCGAGGACCGAUACAAUUGUAUCUUAAUCAUUUGAAUCGGGGACCGAAGCAUAUCAGUCAAUCGUUACAUCACUAUUAGAAAUGACUUGAUAAUUAGAUAAAAACGGCUGCAUUGGACCUUUAAGAGGACAUCAGGGCAUGUCUUUGUUGGGAGAAACAGAAACAAACUCAUUGUUGCAAUCGUGUUGAGUUGAAUAGGACAUGUGAAAUAGGAUUUUGGUGAAUAAAUCAAUUAUUCAAACAUUGUUUUUACUCUUUCUCUCAACAGAAACAAAGGCAGAGCUGGAGCAGCUGAUGACAGACAUAAAGAAGUUUGCGAACAAAGUGCGCUCCAAGUUAAAAAGUAUGUUGCAAACACACAACCAUUGGUCUCUCUAUCUUUCAAUCCCCUCUCUAUGAUAAAUAAUGUAUUUGCCUGAAUAUUCUACCUUUAAUGUGAUAUAAGCUUCGGCCAGAUUCUAUAAAAAAAAAAUAAACCAGGUUCUUCAUUAAUUAGACCAUCUGAAUAAAUGGUAGUGGUACUGGUAGAUUAAUUUUUCUUCUCUCUCGCUGUUCCCUACAGGCAUUGAACAGUCCAUAGAGCAUGAGGAGGCUUUAAACAGGUCAUCUGCAGAUCUGAGGAUACGUAAGACACAGGUGGGUUAUGGUGUAUAUAGCAGGGAAUUUCAAAACUGAGUCUGGAGUUUUCAGGAUCAGAGUUGCCAUCCCUGUUGUACUGUAUGUAUAACUCUGGUCUAGUUAUUCUUGGAAAGCAUUAACUAUUGAUGGACAAUGUAACAUCCUGCAUCAUUCCCUGUCAGCAUUCCACGUUGUCUCGGAAGUUUGUGGAGGUAAUGUCAGAGUAUAACGCCACGCAGUCAGACUACCGGGAACGCUGCAAGGGCCGCAUCCAGAGACAACUGGAGAUCAGUGAGUGUGCUCUGUGAGUGUGUUUGUGUGUGUUCCUGAUAUUCUCUUAUUAGCAAAUGUGAUACGGUAUUGUGCAUGUUGGGCAUGAUAACAUUACAGACUAUAUAGUUACACAACGUAUGAAUGGGUUGAUUUGUUUUGGUUUUAUUUGCCCCGUCCCCAGUUUUGUUUGUCUAUUUGUUUGUCUACUGUUUCCCCAACGCAUGUAUUUAUGCAUUCUUAACAGUGACUGGGAUUCCUAAUGUUUGGUUGAGGUGUAACUGUGUAUGCUAAUUUAUUAGCAUAUUUUUAUGUAGAAUUCAUCUGUCCAGAUGCAUAAUUCGAGGAAACAUAUAAUGCGUAAUGGAAGGCAGGUGGAUCAUGUCAACUUUAGGGCUGUGUAGUCAACUUUGAUCAGGACAAACCAUUGGUGACACGUGUGUGUGUGUGUGUGUGUGCGUGUGUGUGUGUGUGUGUGUAAUUGAGAAAUUAAGCCAACGCUCCAGACAUUGAUCCGGUUAGUUUAGAAAGCCAUCAUGGGAAUAGCAGUAAACAAGGUGAGGAGGCUGACGACAUCAUUUCAAUCUUUCAUUUUAAUAUCCUUGUUGAAAUUAAUUUCUCCACUCACUCAUGCAGUUUAGACUGCGUUUAAUAAACCUCGGCAUGAUCAUAUACAUUUUUUUCCUGUAUUCUCUGGAGGUGUGUGUGUGUGUCGCACUGUAAUUUCAGCUCCAGAUGACGGUAGUGAAGAGAUAACACCCGUAGGGGCUUAUUGAGCAGAAUAUAAUAUAAACAUUGAAAUCUUUCAGGCUGGAAGCAAAUGACGUGAGGCAGAAUGGGGAGAAAUUGACUCUGAGAUGAUUAGAGAUGUAGAAACAAGCUCCUCUUGGGUUCUCCAACAAGUUUUACUAUUGGAGAAGCGUGGGGAUACCAAAAUAGCCUCUUGUGGUUAAAUGAUUCUCCUCUCUUUUUCUUGGGCCUUGGUCCUUCACCUAAAGAUCUUUCAGUAGCAUCAUGGUGUUAUGGCUUAUGCUGUUGGCAGCCUAACAUGAAUGUGUAUUGAUAUUUACAACUCAUAUGAAUCCAACUGUCCAAAUGUGUUUGUUCAUUUGUCUCAAGAAGUUAUGCAAUUGCUAGCCUGUGUUUCAAGUCUGUGUGUGUGUGUGUUCAUGGCUCCCAGGUGAGCCGCAGGUGUGCUGCAGCCAGGAAGUGCUAGCGGCGCUGAGUCAAUAUUGAACCAGGCGGAGCAGUAAGCAGAAACCCUACAGCUGAACCUCCACACACACACACACACACACACACUGCACAGUCAUACACAGCCAUAGCGCAUUAUACAUAGCUAUAGAGUGUUAUACCCAGUCAUAAAGCAUUGUACACAUCUCACAGGUCUCUUUCCAAAAAUUGAGAGAGACGUCCUGGUAAAAUAUGUUAAAUACUGUUAAGGAGAGAGAGGAGCUCUAUCAACAACUGUAAAACAUCAUACCAAGCCAUAGAUCUUUUUACAGCCAUAGUGUUUUAUGCAUAGGCUACAUAUUGUUAUACGCAUUGUUGAUACCCACAAAUACAAGAUUUAACUUGGUAGUUUUCUCUAGGGCUGUCAAAUUGACCUUUGCUCUAUUUGCGUUAUCGUCACUAAAUCAAAUCAAAUCAAAUUGUAUUUGCCACAUGCACCGAAUACAACAGGUGUAGACCUUAUAGUGAAAUGCUUACUUAUGAGCCCUUAACCAACAAUGCAUUUUUUAAGAAAAAAAAAAAAAGUGUUAAGUAGAAAAUAGCAAAUAAUUAAAGAGCAGCAGUAAAAUAAAAUAACAGUAGGGAGGCUAUAAACAGGGGGUACCGGUACAGUGUCAAUGUGCGGGGGCACCAGUUAGUCGAGUAAUUGAGGUAGUAUGUACACGUGGGUAAAUUUAAAGUGACUAUGCAUAAAUAAUAAACAGAGUAGCAGCAGCGUAAAAUAGGCUUUGUCGUGCCCUCUUCACGACUGUCUUGGUGUGUUUGGACCAUGAGAGUUUGUUGGUGAUGUGGACACCAAGGAACUUGAAGCUCUCAACCUGCUCCGCUACAGCCCACAGCAUGGUCAGCUCUCCAGUGGAAUGUGAGGCAAUGUGGGUAUCUGAUACCCAAUGUGGGUAUCUGCCAUUUACCUGUGAGUGGGAGGCUGACUAGGCUAGGAUAGGCAAGGGAAUGAGAUGAGUAGGUGGUGUUGAUAGACCUGGGUCCACGCAGAGUGGAGAGAGAAUGAGGGGGUGGAACAAGGGUUAGCCUUGGGGGUCACCUGGGAAUAUAGGAGUACACAGAUCCAUAGUGGAAGUGUGCACACACACACACACACACACUACACACACUCACACCUCAAUCACAACACAAUGCAAAGAAAAAUUCUAACCGUAGGUAAACACUGGCAGUGUUCUGAUUGGAUGCUGGGUUGCCACGGCAAGUGUUACUUUGUCCUUGACAAUCAGGAAUGAGUCAUUCAUGACACUCACUCCUCCCAAUGGCAAUUAGUGAAAGGGUGCACUCAUUAACUUAGCCGGACCAAGAGGCUAGGACUUGCAGAUUAACAUGUUGGAAAAAAUAUUAUACUGUCACUACUCGCUACCUCUAACCAACCAAGGUUUAUAAAUGGACACAUUUGUCAAACCGGCUAUGUGAGAGUUAUUCAGCCUUUCUUGAAGAAGUGCUGCACACGGCCCGAAUAGGGAGAGGAAAGAGAGAGCGACUGUUAUUGGGCAUGGCAAUGGCUGAGGUUUGAUGGAUAAAAAAGUGGGAGGGCAGAAGGACACUGGGAAGGAGGCAGAGGUAUUUUUUCAGGCCUUAUGUCUGUGUGCGUGUUUCUUUGUACGUAUUUGUGUGGCCAUCACAUGUUGUGGCCUUUUCCCAGCCUUCUGAUGAAUUGUUGUGUCACUAGCUGCCAGUAGAUGAUCGCCCCACACUAAAGCUUCACCAUUUAUCUUACCCAGCCACAGCACGCAGACAGCGAUUGAAUCACAGGGUCGGUCACUAAGGUUACAGACUUGAAAUAUACAUUUCCCCUGGAUGGAAGACUGGAUUAGGCCCUCCUAUUGCCAACAGAUGCACAAGAUAUCCCCAACACAUCUCUGCUUCUUGCUAGCAGGCAUAGGAAAUCUGUGGAAAGCAAUAUUGCGUGUGCAUGCUUUAUUUCAAAUAGUGAUGGUGUUAACUUAAUCUGUCUGUAAUACAACCAUGAUGGAGCUCUACAACAUAGGUUCCUUUGGAUUCUUGUUUGGAUGAACUCAAUCACUAAGACACAUUUACUGAGUGAAACAAAAAUGCCCAUACAGUAUUAAUCAAAAGUAAUGCAUUUGGGUGGCAGUAGCCUAGAGGUUAGAGAGGCGGACCUUGAGCAAGGCACUUAACUGCACACAACUGCACACAAGACCCGGCCGGGCAACACAAAAAUGGGAAUGGAACUGAAAUGGUAGCUGGAAGGCUGCUGGUCUCUAAUCCCAUGUACCAUUUCCUACCGUUGUGCCCUUGAGUAAGGCACUUAGCUGCACACAGUUGCUCUCCAUCCAGGGGUGCUGCACUGCUGCUGACCCUCUGCCUCUCAACGUGUGUGUAUCUGGGGGUGUUGGGAAAGGCAGAAGGCAAACUUUCCGUUCUAACCAAUGGACAAUAAAGUCGUAUUUUAUUCUAUUCUAUUCUAUUAGGAAUAUAUUAUAUGCAAUUAUAUUUAUUCAUAUAUGCUUUUAUGAAUGCUUAUAGCAAAUGUUAUUAAUAGGUAAUAGGAGGCACCAUAAACUCAUUACACCAAGGUAGUUCAUAGAAACUAUUAUACAUUUCAAACAGGAAAUCUGUGACAUACUGCCUUUGAAACAGGCUGAGUGUGUCUCCCAUCAGGGGCUGGGUUCGACAGAGGCAGAGAUAGAAACAGGCAGAUGAGAGACUAGCCUGUGAUUAAUCCUACACUGAUGCCUCUCUCGCUCUCUCUUUCUCUCUCUCUCUCUGCACCUUGUCCUCCCAGCCCAAUUGCCUGGAUGGGGUUGUGGGCGCCCACUCUCUGCCAACGUGAUGACUGAUGCGUCGGCACACACACACCACACACACACACACACAAGCACACACAUGGCGAGCGCACACACACACACACACAUAGCAGCCCUGAGGAGGCUCAUUUAGCCUGUCACAAUGACAUGCUCACGCCACCUUGGAGGCAGCCCAUCGACAUGUCUUGGGAGAAGGAAAAUUAGAUAUAACACUGUGUUGGUAGAUGUGUGUGUACGUUUAAUUAUGUGGGAAUGGGUGUGUGUGUCUGUAUGUGUGUGGUGGUUGGGUGGCCAACAUGUUUACCUUCUUACUUAGUUAGCUAAAAUAUAUUCGGUGUGUCUUUCUCAGUUAUCGAUGGCCAUUCCCAGUUGGAUCACUUUAUGAGAUGUGUUGCUGUUUCAAAAUGUAUAGUCUUCUAUUGUGCCCAAUUGCUGUUGGUUACAGGUUGGUGGUUGUUGGAGACCAACUCCAUGGAUUGUGUUUGUUAUUGUAGCUGGUAGGAACACAACUAAUGAGGAACUAGAGAGCAUGCUGGAGAGUGACAACCCUGCCAUCUUCACAUCAGGGGUGAGUGACCACACACACACAAACAAACACACACAUACUCUCACAUACUCUCACACACACACACACACACACACACACACACACACACACGUGCAUGCAAGGAGCCAAUACACAGGCAAGCACAUGCAAUUGUCUGAGAAAAUCAUACACAAUACACUCAUCUAGAAGACAAGAUCUCACUCUGUUGGCGAGGUGUGGCAUACCGACUGAGAAUGCCACACCUACAAGAGGGAGAACUUGUGUGUGGGUAUGAGUGUGUGAUUACACAUGAACUGUGUCUCUGUGUCUCCUAGAUCAUCAUGGACUCCAACAUCACCCAGCAGGCCAUGAAUGAGAUUGAGACAAGACACACUGAGAUCAUCAAGCUGGAGAACAGCAUCAGAGAACUUCACGACAUGUUCAUGGAUAUGGCCAUGCUGGUGGAGAGCCAGGUGGGAGUCUAUACACACUGACUGGCAACACACAAAAAUGAAGACUACACACAUACCAAUUUGAAAACCCACAACAAUGAUAUCCCUCACUUUCUAUUCCCUGAUCCUCCAUUUACCUUCUCUCUCUAUCUCUCUCUCUCUCUCUCUCUCCCCUCAGGGGGAGAUGAUAGACCGUAUAGAGUACAACGUGGAGCACUCAGUGGACUAUGUAGAGAGGGCCGUGUCUGAUACCAAGAAGGCAGUAAAGUACCAGAGUAAAGCAAGGAGGGUAAGUCAAAUACUAACUCUCAAUGUGACCUGA